AUGUAUGUAUGUUACGCAGCCGAGAUAAGAGAUCCUUCCACCAAACAAAGGCAUUGGCUCGGCACCUUCGAGACCACCGGGGAAGCAGCCUAUGACCGUGCAGCUCGCUCCAUGCGAGGCUCCAACGCUAGUACCAACUUUGUUUAUUCCAACAUGCCACUCGGUUCAUCCGUCACCUCCAUCAUCUUCCCCGACGAAUCACGGCAUGAUUUUUUUCCACCACCAUCAAAACGAGGCAAGCCAGAACCACCUUUUCUUCGCUACUCAACAGGACCCUUUCACUGCAUGCCAUUGCCACUUCUCUUCCGAGUGGAUCCAAGGGACUAG